UGUGGUGUUUGAAUGAACCAAUGAUACCUUUGUACUGGUUGAAUGUUUGAUUUCGAAUUCUAAAUACAGUACAUUCGUUGUGCCUGUGUCUUCUUAAUUCAAUUGCGUUAAUCCUUUAAUUCCUAAUUCAUACGACAAUUAGAAUACUAUAUUGGCGUCGUGAUGGAACCUGCAAUGGAAAAGUUGGAUAUUCAUUCAACUCCUGAAGAUAUUGAGGAUUAUUUGGAAAGGUUCGAAAUUUGGAGCAUGACAAAAGAAGAUGAUGAGGAUGUUAAUAUUGUGGCACACUUUCUCACAUUCAUUGGGAGAGAAGCUUACAGCUUAUUAAAAACUCUGGCAUAUCCAGAAAAACCUAUCUCACUCCCUUAUGAAACUCUUAAAGAGCUAUUAUUAAGUCAUGUAAAAUGCACCCGUUUUGAAUGCCGUGAAAGGGCAAAGUUUCAUAAGAUGAUCCGUCAAAAUGACCAAAAGGCUCGGGAAUUCAUCGUUGAAUUACAGAAACAAGCCGCCAAGUGUAAUUUCGGUGAUCAACUUCAUGUGCAACUGAGAGAUCGAUUAAUUGCAGGAAUUAAUAUGCCGAGUUUGGAAAGAGAGCUGUUAAAAAUGCCAAACUGUUCCUUUCAAGAUGCUAGGACUGCGUGUAUUAACUACGAAGCAGUGAAUGAACUUGAUAUCCAGUCGAUGAAGAUUUCUGUUACUUUGCUUAGUCGUCAUGAUGAACUACAAUCUCAGGGUCAAUCAAAUUUGCGUUCAUUUAACAGUUAUUCCUAUUCUCGUGUAAAUACGAAAGGUGUUUCAACAAGGAAUUACAAAGCAAAUCACAAAGGUGAGAUGAAGUUUGGUAAAUGUUUAUCAUGUGGAAAGUUUCAUGCUCGCAAUUCAUGUGUAUUUCGUAAUGCUAAAUGUUUUAAAUGUGGUAAGGUAGGACACAUUCAGUCAGUAUGCAAAGCUACUGUCCAUUUUGCUUCAAGCUGUACUAAAUCUUGUAAUUUAAAUUUCAAUAAUUCGGCUGUUUCUAAUGAUCAUUUAUCUUUAUCAACGAUUUCAAAAGACAGUGCAGAGUCAUAUGACACUUCAGAGUUAUAUGAAAUCCAGAAUUCUUGUGAGGCAACAGUUCCUAAUCAACCGAUUUAUCAGAAUUCUCAUGCUAUUGUACCAGGUAUGACUUUUCCUAAUGAUUCACAUAUUUCUAAUGAAAUUACUUGCAAUUCUGAGGAAAAUAUGUUAAAUGAACCUAAUCAUGAUCGAAAACCUGAUGUGGUUAGGAUAGAUGCUGGUUUUUCUAACGAUCCUACGCUCUGCAAUGACAGUCCUAAUGAAUUUCAUGAGAAUAUUUCAAAAGAAUCAAAUCCUGAUGUCGUAUCAUAUAUUACCUAUCCUCACAAUGCAUUCGAUCCUUGUGAAAAACCUGCUCAAUGCGAAGCACGAGUACUAAGUGACCUCAAGUUUUAUUAUAUUUCGGAUGAUUUCAUAUCAACUGCUGUUUACUCUUAUCACAAAAACAGUUCUAAUGUUUACUCUAAACAAUGUGAGAUAUAUGUUUUAAAUGAAGCCACAUUAUUCAUAACCUGGGGAUAUAAAGAUCCAACAUUAUUUCGUGGGGGAGGAUAGUGUUGAAAAAUCUAUGGUUCGAAUUCUAGAUAUUAAUGAUUUCAUUACAAAACCGACAUGCUGGUUGUAUACAAUUCCAGAUACUACAAAGUUUUUAUCUUAUACAAUGUCGGACAGACUCAGGAUGAACUUAACAAGAAGACGUACAACCGAUUACAAACACUUAUACUUCUAUUUAAGCUGUGGCGGAUGUGGUGUUUGAAUGGACUAAUGAUACCUUUGUACUGGUUGAAUGUUUGAUUUCGAAUUCUAAAUACAGUACAUUCGUUGUGCCUGUGUCUUCUUAAUUCAAUUGCGUUAAUCCUUUAAUUCCUAAUUCAUACGAUAAUUAGAAUACUAUACCUUGUCAAUUAUUCGCUUGUCAGUCUUGACUGUUUUUAUAUGAGCGUAUAUGUGUGUGCCCUUCUUAUCGCAUUAAUCACAUGUCUGUAGCUUUAUUUUGUCUGACUAUAAAUAUUGAGUAACGCUUGACAAAGAUGGAGUUGGCUUCCCAGCCAUCUUCCAUACGCGUCAUUUUUGCUUUGCUGUUUCAUUCGCUUCAUGUACGAAAUAUAUGUAUUCUCAAGUC